CUGGGAUGGCAGCCGUGACCUGCCUCACACCAGGAGGAAGUCUGUCUGCACGUCUUCACCGGGGGUAGAUACAGGAUGGCCGGGAGCUUCUGCAGAGGACGCUUCUUGGCUUUGUUCGACUACAAAACGGAAAAAUACAUCAUCGCAAAGAAUAAGAAAGUGGGGAUUUUGUACAGACUCAUCCAGUUAUCUGUGAUCGGUUACAUCAUUGGGUGGGUUUUCAUCACCAAGAAAGGCUACCAGGAGACAGAGGAGGCCAUCCAGAGCUCCGUCAUCACUAAAGUGAAGGGGGUCUCUGUCACAAACACCACUGAGUCUGGUCUGCUGGUGUGGGGACCUGAGGAUUAUGCCAUCCCGCCUCAGGGAGACGCUGUUCUGUUUGUUGUUACCAGCUUCUUAGAAACACCAAACCAGAAGCUGGGAUACUGUGCCGAGAGUCCCAAAGUGGCGGAUGGCCUCUGCCAAGGAGACGAGGACUGUGAAGAGGGGAGGCUGGUUUUGGCUGGUAAUGGAAUGAAAAGUGGUCGAUGCUUGAAGAAAGACGGUCACUCCAAAGGUACCUGUGAAAUCUACGGCUGGUGUCCUGUUGAGAGGGCAUUUAAACCAAAAGGUCCUCUGCUAACAAAUGCUGAAAACUUCACCAUCUACAUAAAGAAUUUCAUCCAAUUCCCCAAAUUCUCCUUUUCGAAGUCCAACGUUCUGGAAACAACCGAUGAGUCCUAUCUGAAGAGAUGCCGAUACGACGAAGAGCGUCACCCCUACUGCCCCAUCUUCCGACUGGGAGACAUCACGAGACGAGCCGGACACAACUUCCAGGACAUGGCUACGCUUGGUGGUUCCAUCGGCAUGUCCAUACAGUGGGACUGUAACCUGGACAAAGGCUACUCCCACUGCCAUCCCCAGUACCACUUCACCCGCCUGGACACCAGCGUCUCCAACAAGACCGUCGCUGCUGGAUUUAACUUCAGACACGCUCGGUACUUUAAAAACGGUUCUGGGGAAAGCUAUCGAUCGCUGUUUAAAGUCUACGGUGUCAGAUUUAACAUCAUGGUGCAUGGAAAGGCUGGAAAGUUCAGUAUCGUCCCAACAGCCAUCAAUGUCGGUUCAGGACUGGCUCUGCUGGGUGCUGGAGCUUUCUUCUGUGACAUGAUCCUUCUUUAUGUCAUGAAGAAGGGAAAUUCCUACAGAGAAAGAAAAUUUGAAAACACAAGCGAUACUAAAGAAGAAUCGAAAGUCAACGGUGCAGACGUUCCAAAGGAUACAGCGGAAAAUCAGAGGCUGACACUUUAGUAUUUAUAAAAAUCUGAAUGAUACAAGAAAUGUGGAAAAUACAAAGCAAUGUAACUGACAGUGUCCUGUAGCGAAAUAUGUCUUCUUCUGUUUUUAUCACAGAGCAGACUUAAGCUGUAUGCAGCUAUUGGGAAAGAUGAAAACAUGGUACUUCCUGAAUUAAAAACCUGUCUGCAAAAGGAGCAGUGUGGCUUGUUCCUGACACGAGGCUCCAGAAAUAGUCAGCCAAUCAGAAGAGAGUCACCGACAAGGAAACCAGAAGAAAACCUGUUUAUGAGAGAAAGCUGAAGAGUGAAAUAAUACUGUGGAUGUAAAAAUAUAUUGAGAUUUUUUUUUUUGAUACAUAAAACAACAAA